AUGAUGAGGUCCCAGAACAUGGUGCUCGCCUUUGGCGCCGCCGUCUGUAUGGGAGCAGCAUAUGUCAUAAUGGGAAACAACGGACAAGGUCUCUUUCCUGCCCCGGAUCCCACAGGUGACCCGACUACAUGGACGCGAGAUGAGCUGCGCAGAUGGCUUGCUGCGAGGAAUUUGUGUCCGGCUGAGAAUGCCACCCAAGAAGAGCUCUUGGAAAGAGUUCAGGCAAACAUGCGCAUCCCGAGGGAGUAA